AUGGGAAUGCAAUUAUUCAUUUGGAUUGGACUUGUUGCAAUCAUUCGAAUCGGCAGUGUUCAAAGUGGACAAGUACGAAGAAUAUGGAUGCAAGACCAUUGUCGAGAUGGCGUUUGUGGCGAUAUUUUAAUCGAUCGUACCGACUACGUGAUAAUGUCACAGAUCGCAGUCGAGAAGCACACCAUAUUAACCUUUGUAAAUUCUAGCAUUGCAAAAAUUCCGCACCUCAUGUUUGAUACAUUUCCGAAUCUUCAAAUAUUACGGAUGGAGAACUGUUCAUUGGAAACCUUUGAAAGACCACAAUUUGAAGGUGCCAGCAAUUUGAUGAAUUUAUUUCUCGGUUACAAUCGUUUAAAGGAAAUACCGCAAAACAUAUUUUUGGGAGCAGAUAAUCUGGAAGUUUUAAUGUUAAACAAUAAUGAAUUGCAAACCUUGAACAACAACAGUUUUCAAAGUUUAAAAGAGCUGAAACAGCUCUCCCUUGACAGUAACAAGAUCGAAUCGUUACCUUCCGGCGUUUUUCUGCCGCUGCAAAAGUUAAUGGAUAUUAAUCUAGCUCGGAAUCGAUUGGUAUCGCUUGCAAGAGGUAUCUUUGACAUGAACGUUAAUCUGACACGCAUUUCCUUAGCUGGGAAUCGCUUCAAAUCUUUUAAAUCGGAAUUAUUCCAGUUCCAACGCAGAAUCGCAUUUUUAGAUCUGUCCGAUAAUGUUUUGCAGGAAUUAAUAUUGGAAUUUCCGUCAAUAGACAUUGUGGCAGCCAAUAACUGUGACAUCCGGAAACUUAUCACCAAUGGGAUUGUCAGGGAACUUGAACUGCGCAAUAAUUCUUUAAGGGACAUACCACAUAUUUCAAAUGCACCGAAUGUCACUGUGUUGGAUUUAUCUCACAACCCCUUGGGUUCUCUGCAAGGCAAUCCCCUUAGGCGAUUUACUGAAUUGGUACGUUUGAAUCUAAGUUCUACUGGUCUACACGACUUGGACGAAAGUGUUUUCAAAAAACAAAGUCGUCUUAAGUCCCUCGACAUUUCCUCGAAUUCUCUUUUCACGCUGAAAAUUACAAUGUUCGAUCAUUUGAAGGAGUUGCAGUACUUUUAUUUCCAACAAAAUAACUGGAACUGCGAUUUUUUGCAAUUGAUCAUGACAUCGUUUGUCAAGCGACGCGACAUUACUUUCAUCGAAGACUCGAUUUCGCCAGAAUUUGUAGAUGAUUAUAUAGAUGGUAUGGCCUGCUGGUAUGAAAACACAAAAAGUUCUAAAAAAUGUGAUGCCAGCGGAACCAGGCUUACAGAUGCCGCGAUGGAGUUGGCAAUCGUUCGUAACGAUAUCGACCGCAUGAUGGAAGCUAUGGACAGGAAAUUUAUUAAACUCUUUCAGAUAUUGGAAGAUAUAAAGCUGAGAUUAUAG